CCUGUGAUGUAACGUUAAACCGAUACGAAUCGCGUUGAUAUUGUUGAGUCGAAUCAUUACGAGUGAAAUUGUGCGCUGGCUUCUUAAGAAAGAAAAAAAAUUCCGCAAGGUUUUAGUUCGCUCAUACGCACUUUCCGCUGACGUUUCUUUCAGCAACACACACACACUCACACACUCUCCCUGCUGGCGUGACCAGAAAAAGGGCUGCUCGGUAACAGUGAAGCGAGAGGAACAGCAGCGGGAAACGAAAAGCGACUAAACAAGGCCGAGGCCGCGGUUCUGAGGAAGGAGAGAGAGAGAGAGCAAGGCUGAGCAAGAGAGACACUGGGCUCCAACCAUGCCACUGUUUGGUAAAUCUCACAAGAGUCCCACGGAAAUUGUGAAGGCUCUGAAGGACAACCUGUCCAUUCUGGUGAAGCAGGACAAGAAGACAGAGAAGGCUUCAGAGGAGGUGUCUAAAUGUCUGGUGGCAAUGAAAGAGAUCCUGUACGGCACCAAUGACAAGGAGCCUCACACGGAGACGGUGGCCCAGCUGGCCCAAGAGCUGUACAACAGCGGCCUGCUGAUCUCCCUGGUGGAGAACCUACAGGUCAUCGACUUUGAGGGGAAGAAGGACGUGUGUCAGAUCUUCAACAACAUCCUUCGCCGGCAAAUCGGAACCCGCAGCCCCACGGUGGAAUAUUUCUGCUCCCAUCAGGAAGUGCUCUUCAUCCUGCUCAAAGGAUAUGAGACUCCUCAGGUGGCGCUGAACUGCGGCAUCAUGCUGCGCGAGUGCAUCCGGCACGAACCGCUCGCCAAAAUUAUCCUGCACUCGGAGCAUUUCAACGACUUCUUCGGCUAUGUGGAAAUGUCAACGUUCGACAUUGCCUCUGAUGCGUUCGCCACCUUUAAGGACCUUCUUACAAGACACAAGGUUCUAGUGGCAGAAUUUUUAGAACAGAACUAUGAUGCGGUAUUUGAGAAUUAUGAGAAGCUGCUGCAUUCUGAAAACUAUGUGACAAAGAGGCAGUCACUGAAGCUGUUGGGCGAGCUUCUGCUGGACAGACACAACUUCACUGUGAUGACGAGGUACAUCAGCAAGCCGGAGAACCUCAAACUGAUGAUGAACCUGUUGAGAGACAAAAGUCCAAAUAUCCAGUUUGAGGCGUUCCAUGUGUUCAAGGUGUUUGUGGCUAACCCCAACAAAACGCAGCCCAUCAUAGACAUCCUCCUGAAGAACCAGACGAAGCUCAUCGACUUCCUUAGCAACUUCCAGAAGGAUCGCACGGACGACGAGCAGUUCAACGACGAAAAGACGUACCUCAUCAAACAGAUACGAGACUUAAAGAAACCCGCCUCCUAAACCCUAGCUAGCGAUCUCGUUAUUAAGCACCUCAUCUUUUUACUGAGGAAAAAUAAAACAAAACAAAAAAAAUCACAAAAAUCUAUUAACAAUAAUAAUUCUAUUUAAGAUCUUAAACAUUUGUCUUUUCUUAGUCAUGAGGCUUGCAAGUGAUCGUUUUCAAUCACUGAUGUUCAGUUAUUUUCUUUUCAUUUUUUUUUACUUUCUUCCGUAAGACAUUUGUUAGUUUUAUCAUCGAGGUGUGUGCCACAAUAGGAUGUUUAAAAUAAUAAUAAUAACAAAAAAACAAAAAUAAAACCGAUUUUAGUUUCAGGAAGAACCAAAGCUGGUAGCAGCUUCGAGAGAUGUGGGUGAUUCACAAGGACCCAAGAGAAGGAUUGACACUUUUGAUUUAUACAUUCUGAUGAGCUCGUAUUUUCCUCUCACACACACGCACACACACACGUGAAACGCUCCGAGUGCAGUUCACACACCGGGAGUUUGGCCCCCGCUCUUGUACAGUUUGUAGCUGUAGUAGUGGAGUUUGUAGGAAGGGAGGAUGCAUUCCCCAGUUAUUUAUAAAACUAUAAUUUUCAUACAUUCUUGCAUUCCUUUAUAUAUAUCUAUAUACAUACAUGUAUUUUUUUUCCUCCUGUUGCUGAUGGUAUACGAAUUUUCGUACUUUUCUUGCACCUGUAUGGCUUACUGUCAACUCCAGAUUCACCAAAAAAACAAGAAACGUGCUUGUUUUAUGUUUUUCAGUAUUUUACUUCAGCCAUGGAUCGGGAGCGCGUUUUAUCUUCCUGUCUGCUAUAAAAACUUUUUUUUUUAUUUUAUUUUUAGAAAUAUUUGAGUUAUGCUUGCGAAACAGGGCUGUGUAAGGUUUUUUCACUUCCUACUUGACAACAUGUUUACCUUUCAUGUGUUUAAAGCUGGUUUUAGUCUCGGAGCGAGAACCCUUUCAUAAAUUAGUGUAACCAUCUGCUGGCACUUUGUGUAUGUCGUAUUGCGGUGAGGCUGGAGUUCAGAAUCAUGGUUCUGGAUUCGUACUAUAGUACCGAAGCUAGAGAGUCAUGUGCUAGUACUGUAGUGUAUCCAGUGCUCAGAUUUUCCUAUAAACCCUAUUAUAGGAAUCCUGUAGUUUAAUCCCACUAACACCCCCCCCCCCCCCUUUCUUUGCAACCGUUUAUCACGUUGCAGUUCUGCGGUUUCGUGCUGUUUUCCUGCAGCACUUUUCGGUGUAGUUCUGUUCAUUAGCUGGUAUGUUAGAUCUUCAUAGUGAUUUUUGUCUGUCAGUCGAGGACACGAACGUUCAAAACAGGUGCCUUUUGUUGUGUUUUUUAAAUGUUUUUUUUUUUUUCUUCUAUAUCUCAUGCUUUAUUUUAUAUUUUUUAAAAACGGAUCUUUCUAGGGGGAGCUUAAUUUAAUUUUGUUGUUAAUUUUAAAUAUGUUCUAGCCGAGCAUAUUUUGAAUCGAUUAAGCAGUGAACCUCUUAACUCGCUAUAUUUGAGUUACGCUGAUGAAAAAACUUCAUACCUUCAUUCUUUGCUUUAGUUCGCUGCACUUGGUGGAUUGAUUCAGCUGUGUGAUUUGUAUUAUUAGAAUAUUUGAAUUAAGUGGAAAUUGUAUGCUGAGGUGGUCUUGAUUCAUCUUAUCACAUUUGCCAGUUAUGUGAGACUUUGUUACAUAAAGAUUAUACACACUGAUUUUUUUUCCAUACUUUCCCCUUUUCUCUAAUACGAUUGCUUCGAUUCUAACAUUGCCCCUUCGACAACAAAGCUGGAUCAAAAUUUAAUUGGUAGAUAACGCCCAGAUUUCGAUGUAAUACAUCACACACUAUUGGCAUUCAGAGCUCAGACGGGCCGCGGGCUGUUCAGUAUCGUGUAAUGACUCACGGAACAUGCAGCCUUUUUAAAAGGGGAACCAUUCAACUAUAUUCUACACCUGAGCCAAAUUUAUUUAAUGUCCUCACAACCUCAUGUACACAAAUUGCAAUUCAUGGAAAUAGACUGAAAUCUUUCCCAAAGCCACCCAUGUCGCAUCCUUCCUUCUUCAAUGCUAAUUGUACCAUAUCACCAAUAAAGCAAAAUUCAAGCAUUA